CAACAUUCUAAACUCUUCUAAUCAGAAUUCUUCACAUUGUCUGGUUGUUUGAAUCAUUAUUUGUUGACAAAAUUCUCUUGAAAUAAUGGUGUAAACUUUAAAGAAUAAAUUAUCAUCGUGUUACAUUUCUUUUUUAUUAAUUGCUUGAUCCGUUGCAGUGAUCGUGCGCCAUGUCUGAGAGCUCUGUGGAGGAUAUCCCUGACCAGUGUAAAGACCUAUUCACACAAGAUGGAGUGCUGCUCAAAGCCUGCAUUGGCAGGCCGGUCACCGACCUCAACUCAAUCGGGAUGCUCUGCAUCGUAGUGAACCCCAACGGCACAAAAUGCAUAGAGUGGCGGCCUAAUGACUUGAUCACAAUCGAGUCAGAUACGCAAGACCAGGAAUGGGCAGUGGUCAAUACGAUAGGUCGCCGCCAACGCACUUUGAGUGGCAACAUGACUUCGGACUAUGCCACGGCUCGCGCUCGCAUUAUAAGAAUUCCUCUUCAGGAGCUAAAAACAUUCCGCGUGACCCGUAGCAACCAACAGAUGCAGUUUUCCACUAAGCCUGGCAUCUGGCAGACCACUUUCUUCUUCCAGCACGGUAACGCGGAGAUAUUUGUGGCUAACCUGAAGGGUCAAGUGAAGACAGUCAAGACAAGGCACGACAGGAACAUUUUCGUGGUCGUUGAGCCUAAUGAUGAGUCGCAGGUUCUGAACAAAUCGUUCGCCGAGCUUGACAUCUUCACGGAGAACACAACAGAUGUGGUGUGGAGCCUCGUGUCCAACUUCAAGCAGAGACCCUACGAGACCACCAUGGAAGCAUUCUCCAAACUCACCGAUAUCGUAUACUACGGCAAUGAGCCGAACGACAAGCGCGACGUAUCGGAAGACGUGGCGGAUCUGCUCUCAAAGAGCAUGAGCGCGCUGGAGGAGGCCACCAGCACCACUCGAAGCGACGACUACGAGGUCAUCACUGUCAAGCCUACGUUGCCACCGAGACCACUCACACCCAGAGGCACUCCGCUGUCGACUGAGAAGUGGGAAGGGCUGCAGGAUCCGGAAGGUCGUAUUAUGGAGGUGGAGGGAGUCAAGCAACUCAUAUUUAGGGGGGGUGUAGCACACUCAAUAAGGCACCAAGUAUGGAAAUACCUACUCGACUACCACCCGUGGGGUAUGACACACCAAGAGAUCAGAGCUUUACACAAGAAAAAAACCGAAGAAUACUUCUGUAUGAAACUCCAAUGGAGGUCAAUGACCGAUGGGCAAGAGUCUAGAUUUGCCGAAUACAGAGACAGGAAGAGUUUAGUGGAAAAAGACGUUAAUAGAACAGAUAGGACACAUCCGUAUUAUGCUGGUGAUAAUAAUCCAAAUUUGACAGUUUUACAAGAUAUUUUGAUGACGUAUGUGAUGUAUAAUUUCGAUUUGGGCUACGUACAAGGCAUGAGCGAUAUUCUUGCGCCGUUGUUACUGCUUUUGGACAAUGAGGUGGAUAGUUUUUGGUGCUUCGUAGGCUUCAUGGAUAAGAUAGUCUCCAACUUCGACAUGGACCAGGCCGGCAUGAAGCACCAGCUGCUCCAGCUGCAACAGCUGCUGACGUUCGCCAGCCCGGAACUGGCGCAGCAUCUGGCGGCGAAGGACUCUGGGAACAUGUACUUCUGUUUCCGGUGGCUGCUCGUCUGGUUCAAGCGGGAGUUCUCUCAUAGAGACAUCAUGAGGGUAUGGGAAGUACUAUGGACGGGGUUGCCGUGUGCCAACUUCCAUCUUCUGAUCUGUGUUGCCAUUCUCGACGCGGAGAAAGAUGUUCUUAUUAGGGGAGACUAUGGAUUCACUGAAAUUUUAAAGCACGUAAACGACCUAUCAAUGUGCUUAGACGUCAACAAAAUACUGAGCUCGGCCGAGGGCAUAUUCCACCAAAUAGUGUCUGCGUCGCACCUCACCGACCAAAUCCGAGUCAUACUGGGUCUGCCCACCGCGGGCACGUCCGCGCUCUCCGACAGCGCGGGCGGCACUGAGGGCGGCGCUGACGGCGGCACUGAGGGCGGCACUGCGCCGGCGCACGGCGGCGGGCGGCCGGCGCGGGGCGCGGACCAACGGCAGGACAUGGAGGAAGUUAUGUAUCAGAUAGGAUUAGAUAUGAAUUCCUGAGCACGGAUACACUCGAAUAUGACGGCAUAAAAAUAACAAUAGUACAAAAAACAGUGUGGGCGCUGCUUGCGUAGCGAUCGAAGAUUCUUAGACUCGUCAUGUGAUAGCUUUUGUAUUUUUGUACAUAAAUGAACGAUAAAUUAAUAAAAUAAAUUUAUUGUCUUGUUAUAAAACGUAAAUCUAUUUUAUUUCUUUAUGAGAUCCGGCCCGCUCUGUGCAUCGAUGAGGUCUAUGGACGUUUUCUGUUUCGUUAAUAGUUUAAACAUUGUUUGAAUUUUCAAAUAUAUUGGUUAUGGAUCAUGAGGCUUACAAAUUUUUUUUUGUAAAUUUUAUUUUGGUUGCAAUUUUAUAGGAUUUGUUUUGUUUGUAAGAGAUAAAUAAAAAAAUAGUCAUAUUCUAACAGGUAAAAUAUGUGUCAAUUAAAUUGGAGCUGAAAAUUGGUGUCAACAAAACAAUUUCUUGGCAAUGAAUAGUAUAUCAAAUUAUUGAAAAAAAAAAAAAACAACAGAUCAACAUGUUUAUACAUAUUUUGUCGAAUUAGAAGCUAGAUACAAAUUUUGAUGUAUUAUCAUAAAGCAAAUAUAAAUUUAGCGGUAGUUUUUAAUUGCAACUCUUAUGUUACACUCGCAUUUUUUUUUAAAUUACACUACUUUUCUUUAUAUGGCAGCACAGAAGGUCCAAUUCUCCCUGCUUACCUCGUCAGCGAAUUGGGGUUGGCAUAAUGUGCCUCUUAAAGUCUCAUGUAUGUCUAAAUAAAAUUUGUCUGUCUGUAACUACAUAUAUACAAUCAGAAUUCAUUGAAAGCACGUUGCUGCCAGUGUUGCCAUUUAUUUGUAUACUUUAACACCCACAUUGAAUAAGUAAAAAUUUUUUUAUUGUUAAUUAAUUUGCACAUUUUAACUUUGGUGCUUCUAAAGUGCCGAUUUUAGUGAUAUAUUACUGCACUUUUCAGCAGAAUGGACAGAAGUAAUUUUAAAUGUAUAUAAUUUUUAUUAAGUAAUUGACGCUACUCUACACAUAUAUUUUAGAAUAUAAACAUGUACAAGUAUUAUGUUACUUUUAAAAUGUCAAUUAUGAUUAUUUUUCACUUGAGUAGAUAAUUGUAUUUUUGUAGAUUGUGAGAUGGUUCAACAUCUUGCCUCAAAAUACUGAAGUUUGGGCCACGAUUUUUAUUCGUCAAUUUGUUACUUUCUUUAAUUAUUGUUGUGCCUAUAAAUUGUGUACCUUAUUUCACACUAUUAAACUAUUUUAGUACCUGGUA